CGUCUCGAGACUACCAAGGGCUUAACUAAUUCUACUUACAUUAUAUCAAUCAACUACUUCCAUUGAUUUCUACUCCUAUCUUAAGCCAGCGCCAUUUGCUACUGCCACCACAAUGGCCUCCCCCGAUGAGCUGAAACCUCGUGCACCGGAGCCUGUCAAACCGGCGAUGGUGAUCAACGUGGUCGGAGCUGACCUAGCCCUUAGGUUCUUGUUGUUCGCGACGACGCUGGUAUCUCUCGUUCUCAUGGUCACUAGCAAGCAAACUAAGCUGGUGCAUGUUCCAGCACCCUUUCCAUUAUAUGUGGUCACCCAUGCAAAAUUUAACCACUCACCUGCCCUCAUAUACUUUGUCGUGGCAAUUUCCGUGGCUUUGUUGCACAGUGUGCUGACAGGGCUUAUAUCUGCCCUCCCCAUCUGCAAACCAGCUCCAGAAGCCAAGAAGUUGUUAGUUUUAGCAUUCUUGGAUUCGUUAAUCUUGGGGGUGGUCGCUUCAGCUAUGGGAGCAGUGGCCUCUAUUGCAUAUAUUGGAUUUAAGGGAAAUUCUCAUGUUCGUUGGAACAAAAUAUGCAACAUCUACGAUAAAUUCUGCCGAUAUGCUGGAAGCUCGGUUAUUAUCUCUCUCGUGGCCUCAAUUAUCCUAGUGUUACUUGUAAUGAUUUCUACAUACUCCCUUUACCGUCGAAGCAAAUAGUUUCAUUGAAAUUAGGAUCUAAUUGUUGUUCUCUAAUGGGAUACUCAAGAUGUGUUUGAAUGGAAAAUGUACCUUUGAAUACUUACAUGUAUAUUGUAGGUGAAUGAACAUUUGAAGUCAAGAAAGUAGUAUGACAUUUCUUACCUAUAGUCUCAUA